AUGUCGUCGAUAAAUGUUUGGAGCCGAUGCGCUAAUUCAGUUCGAUUUUUGAUUUUUGGGAUUAUACUUCAAGCGGUGAUUCUAGUUUUGAUCUACAAAAAUUCCAAGCCGUCGAGAUAUUCACUGUCUAAUAAUCAAUCGAUAACUGAAUGUGAUGAUCUACUAAACGAAUGGGAUACCGAAAUUCCAGUAUUAUUGAUUGAUUUGGAUUUUUUGGAAAAGUUGAAAACUGAGGAUUGUCAAUGGGAUGAGACAAAGAGGGUGAAGAUUGGAGUCCACGUGAAGGACAAGAACGGAUCGAUCAUUGACACUAAUCGAUUCGAUGUUGUGUUUUAUGAUAGUCCGGAUAACAAAGACUUUUUGGAAUUUAAUGAAGAUGGGAAGAGGAUUAUUCCAAAAAGAUUCGAGACCCGUCGGAUCGGAAACUUCAAAGUCCCUACAAAUAUUCAAAGAUUUAUUGAAUUCUACAAACGAUCAAAGUUUGUGGAGUGUCUUGGUCUCGAGAUGAAUAGAAAUAAGUCAGAGGAAGCCUAUCAAAACGGUACCACUUCCGCCAAUAUACUAGCUCGUUUCCAAGACGAACUGAUCGAUAUGGAGAUGUAUCCAUUGCUAAACGGCGGGACACUACUCGGAUGGUAUCGUGAAUGUACAGUAAUCCCACAUACCCGUGAUUUGGAUUUUUCGGUAUUCAAGGAUAACUACAAACCGGAGUACGCGGAGAAAGUUUUGAGAGGAGAGACUGAUUUCAUAUUGCGUAGAAAGUUUGGAAGGCUAGAAGACUCCCAAGAGAUCACAGUAGUUUCGAAGAAAGAAGUGCGGCCUACAAUCGAUUUAUUUGUGAUGUAUGACUAUGUGGAGGAUGGAAAGUUGGCGUACCGUUAUAUUUCAGGCCUAAACGACGGCAGAAAAUUCAGAUACACGCAUCUCCUACUAGAACCCUCCUGUGCAGCUGAAAUGCAUGGUCAUCUAUUUUGGAUUCUUUGUAAUCCGAUAGAACAGUUGAAGCAUGAAUACGGACCACUUUGGUAUUUGGAUCACCCAACCGGCAAAUAUGACUGGAGUAGUUCUGGGAAGAAUGUGAAAACAGCUGGUAUGUUCACCUGGGAGGAGAUGCAGAAGUAUUAUUUGGAAUAUAAAUAG